AUGGGGGACCGCACACAACGCCAGCCUUCGUGGCUACGAGAUUCGACCAAAAAUGUCCCUUGGUUAUUGCUUGCUGCGCAAUCCACUGGAUUCGUGUUGCUAUCUCACUAUUCUCGAAUUAUGCCACCCGCAGGUGGCAAGCGAUACCUUACCUCUACCGCCGUUUUCCUGAAUGAAGUCAUUAAACUAGCGAUCGCCUUGACAAUGGCUCUUUACGAUGUCUCGAAAAACGCGCCCCCCUCUAUGCCCGCCACAUCCCUCUUCUUCUCCCUCUCAAGCGCCGUGCUCUCGGGGGAUAGCUGGAAACUGGCCAUCCCUGCGGGUCUCGGCGUUCUCUCAAACUCCCUCCAAUACAUUGCGCUGUCCAACAUGCGCGCGGCGACUUUCCAGGUUACAUUCCAACUGCAGUUUGUGACUACGGCGAUCUUUGGCCUGAUGGCCCUUCGGCGGAGUAUUGCCCCUCGAAAGUGGGGUCUGCUCUUGCUUCUGUUGCUUGGCGUGGCCUUGAUUCAAUUUCCCGAUGCGAGUGCGGAGCAGUUGUCGUUCCGCGAUGAGGCCUCGCGCCUUCACUUCCCCCGUUCUUUGGAAGAAUGGAAGGCUGUGAAGGGCAGUGGCGCUGCUGCCAAAAUGCUCAAGCGAUCUGCUACCUAUGAGGGUAUUGAGGAAGAUAUUCUCACGGCCGAGCCACGGUUGAAUCACACCGUGGGGUUGCUUGCAGUUAUUGGUGCUGCGCUUGCCUCGGGUAUGGGCGGUGUCUACUUUGAGAAGGUCCUCAAGGAUAGCUCCAACCACAUCUCCUUGUGGGUGCGCAACGUGCAAUUGGCCAUCUACUCCGUUUUCCCGGCGCUCUUCAUUGGUGUUGUAUUCCGGGAUGGCGAGCGGAUCGCCAAUGACGGCUUCUUCCAGGGUUAUAACUGGACAGUCUGGGCCACAAUUGUGAUCCAGGCUUUAGGUGGUAUUAUCUCCACCUUUUCUCUCAGCCAUACGCAACGGGAUCCCCGGUGCCUGGCUACGACCACCAGUCUCAUUCUCAGCAUAGUUGGAAGCAUUUGGCUCUUUGACUUUGAGUUGACAGCUAGCUUCUUCUUGGGCGCUGCUGCAGUCUUGGUGGCCACUCACUACUAUGGUAAUCCAGCUUUCAGCCCUGCUGUAGCCAAGGUGGGUGGAAUGCGGCCACCUCCAAUUCGCAUCGACAACUAUGAGAAGGACUCUGGCAACGACAAUGGAUCCCCCGUGGGAGGCCCCCCCGACGAGAUUUCCAUCAAGUUGCCGACCACUCCCUUCUUGUCUGACGGCAUGUCAUCUUCUCGCCCAACAUCGCCGAACCCGGGUCACACACGGGUGAGCUCCAGCCGGAACCCUAGCGGAGCCCACUACUUUGAAAAGGAGUAG